AUAUGUAUUCAUUGUCAUUUAUUCAUCAUACAUACAGAAACAGAAAAGUCUUCUGCAGUGACUACUAUGUGGUUUAAUCAGUCUAAAAAGCAAACAGUCAUGCACAAAGCAAAUCUUUUUAAAGUACAUUUGACUUUAUCUCUACUCUGACUAGAACGUAGGUAACCUGAUCUGUGCCAUGAUGGGACGUUUUGUCUGUAAUUCCUUUCUUGUCUGUGGACACAUCUGAAUAGGUGGAAUAAAGUUAUCUAGAUUUACAUUAGAAUUAGGGGGGAUUAGCUCAUCGUCAGUUUAUUCUAAGGAUUUGGGUAAAAACCUUUGGUGGGUUUGUAUGUCAGUAAAGAAGACUACAUCUACAGUUAAAAAAGGAAGUCCAGGAACACUGAACAGAAUGCCAUUUUAUGAAAAUCGAAACUAUCCACAGCAUGUUCCCUGCGUGUAUGUAAAAUGUGGUUUGAUCAGAUUAAAGCACACAGGAAGCCUCGCCCAGAUGUGUUAACUCAUAGCAACAAGCUGCAACUAGCAGUCGCUCCACUUUUGAUUUGCUUUUGACAACAUGGACGAGUCGGACAGAAGAAUUGUUAUCUUGGGGAAAACUGGAGUUGGGAAAAGCAGCUUGGCUAACACCAUAUUUGGAGAAGAACUCUUCAAAGCAAUCAGUUCUGCCAAAUCAGGAACAAGUAAAUGUCAAGCAGAAACCAGAUCUGUCAAUGGAAGAAGCAUCACUCUGAUCGACACUCCUGGUUUCUUCGACACAGAUAAAUCAGAGGAGGAGCUGAAGUCUGAGAUAAUAAGGUGUAUCAUAGAGUGCGCUCCUGGGCCCCAUGCUUUUCUCAUUGUGUUUAAAGUGGAGAAAUACACAGUGCAAGAAGAGGCCGUCAUCAAAAAAAUAAGCCAAUUUUUUUCUGAAGAAGUCUUCAAAUACGCAACAGUUCUCUUCACUCAUGGUGACCAGCUCGAAGAAGGACAGACAAUUGAGGAUUUUGUCCAGCAGAACCAGCUUGCGAGGGAUCUGUUGAAGAAGUGCGGAGGCCGCUGCCACGUCAUCGAUAAUAAAUACUGGAAGAACAACCAGCAGGAUGAAUACAGGAGCAAUCAGUUCCAGGUGAAGGAGCUACUCAAGACAAUAGAUGAGAUGGUAGAGGCAAACGAAGGAAGCUGCUACACCAAUGAGAUGCUGCAAGCAGUGGAGGAACAAAUACAACAAGAGGAGAAGCUCAUUAGACAGUCAUCAGGAAACAUGUCAAAGGAAGAAGUCAGAAAGCAAGCUAAAGACGGACAAUUUAACAAGCUUAUGAUCAAACUGGCAGGCAUUACAACAGGUGUAUUGUUAGGAGCUCUUUUUGGCACGGUAACGAUGGUUGCAGAAGUUCUCUUAGUGUUGAAGGAAAGGUUGACAGCAAAAGGAGCAGCAGAAGUAGUAGGAGGAGCAGCAGUAGUAGGUGCGAUGGCAGCAGUAUUUAUUGCAGUGGGAGCAGUGAAAGGAGGUGUUGCAGGGUAUCAUGCAGCUGAGGGAGCCGACACAGCAUGGGAAGCAGCACAGAGAGCAGCAGAGGCUGUCAAGGAUCAAGCACUGGCUCCCUGGGAAGAGCUCUUGUCGAAAAAUAAAAACCCUCACUCAAAGAAAGGGAAUUGAAUGUAUCAUUGAAAAGUCACAUCUCUGUGUAGAUUGCAUGAACAUAUUAUUUGAAUGAUCUUUAAUCAGUGAACUGAUAAUCUUUAUUCAUUAGUAAUAUGCUAUGUGUUGGCUUUGUUAUCUGAACUUCAAGCUUGAUUCGCUCAUUCCCUUUUCACGGGAUAAUUAUCUCUUAUGAAAUAACUUUACUCACAUUAACUUUCGAUAUUGGACAUACACUUCCAACUAUUCCAUGUGUAUAUUGUAUUAACCAUGGAGGAAAACAGUUUUAG